AUUGACGGGCAAUCGACACGACUGGCCAGUGGUGUCCAUCGCCGACAUGAAUACGGUUAAGCCGUGCGAUCGGGUGCUAGCGGUGGGCAAUCCACGGCUCGGCCUCCAUAACGGGCUCAGCGAAGGUGUGGUCACUUUUGCCAACAUAAAGGGCACCGAAAUCAGUAAUAUCCGCGCCGACGACCCAGCGUUGCAUAAUCUGAAUUACACGCACCACACGGCACAAGUGGCCAACACUGAUGUGGGCAGCGCUUUGGUCACCACCGAUGGCCAUGUGAUCGGUUUAAAUAUGAUUAAUGUCGAUCUCGGCUAUACUAUUGCCUAUCAAUUGAAAUAUUUUGCAGGCUUAAUCAUGCAAUUGCCUACCUUUCACGGCGUUAGGCCCGCGUUUGGUGCCAUUGCCUAUUGGCUGACCGAUGAAUUGAGGGAUGAGUUGAGAAACAAAUCCAAUAUCCCUCCCAAUCAGAUACCCGUUGGAACCGGAAUUGUCAUUUGGCAUCUCAUCGAUUAUGAUAAUUAUCAAAUGUCUGUUUGGUCUCGAGAGGUAUGACAUCA